AUGCAAACUUGCAGUGGAAUUUAUUGUUCAGCUUAUUAUAUACCAUUCGAUAGAGCUUUUCAAGCAGAUCAAGAAUGUGUAGUUUUAAUUUUUCGAGACUUUCUUUUCGUGUCGGAAAAUCGGAUAAACUCGAAGGGUCUAAAAAAUUUUGAUGGACAUUUGUCUGAUGAAACUAUUUAUGUAUCACCACAAACCAACACCGAUUUACUUUUAGGACAAACAUGGAUUAAGAAAUAUCAAGCAAUUCUUAAUUGUAAAGAUCAAUGUGUCACUAUUACAAGUGAUAAUGGUUCAAAACGUAUUCAAUAUAUACCAGCUUAUGAUGAUAAUGACGGUGAUCCACAUCAACAAUAUAAUGUCCGAUUAGUACAUGAUGUUACCAUUAAACCUCGAACAGUUCAACCGAUUGAUGCUAUUUGUCCACCCAUUCUAAAUGCAGAUACUGUUAUAUUCCGUCCACGACAACAACUUCAAGAAGAAUUUUUAAUAUUGAUUCCAAAUAGUUUGUUAAAUAUUUAUCACCAUCGGACAACAUUGUAUAUUGUUAAUCAUACUGAUACUGAUUGUGUAUUACCCAAGAAUUCAACGUUAGGUAAAGUUCACCAUGUUCGAUCAGCUAGUCUGUGUUGUAAUGUUACUCAAUCGUUUGAAUCAUUAAGAUCUGAUGCUGUUAUACCACAAAGAAUUGAAGAAAACAUUAAUACAUUAAUUAAACAUUUGCAAUCGAAACAACAAGAAUUAAUCCGUCCAAUGUUAUUACAAGAAUGGAACGUUUUUGACACUAGUAAACCAUCUCAGGCCGCGAAUUUGAAAACAGAACAUCGAAUUAUAACACAAGAUCAUCCACCGAUUUAUCAAAGUGUUUAUCGUGUCCCUGAACCCAUUAAACAACAACAGAAAGAAUUAACUGAUGAAAUGGAAAGAAAUGGUCAAAUUAGUCGAUCUCAAUCACCAUGGGAAUUCUACCUUGAUGAUAUUAUUAUUUAUUCGGAAACUAUUCGUGAUCAUAUUAAAGAUGUUCAUGCUGUGUUGUAUGCAUUAAAUAGUCAUAGUUUUAAAUUGAAUACACCAAAAUGUGCAUUAUUCCAUGAACAAAUUGAAUAUUUAGCUCAUGAAAUUAAUCAUCAAGGUUAUAGUCCAUUGAAGAACAACAUCCAAGCAUAUCGUUCAUUUGUUAAAAAUUUUGAAGUUGCAUAUCCAUUACUGAGAUUUCAAGCCAAAAAAGGUGAAUUUGUCUGGAAAUCUGAACACCAACUAGCAUUUGACACAUUGAAACAACAACUCGUAUCAGAACCUUGUAUGUUAAAAUUUCCAUUACCAAAUGUUUCGUUCAUUCUAGCAACAGACGCAUCAUCAAAACAUGGUAUUGGUGUAACAUUGAAACAGAAAGUUGGCAAAAAUGAACACGUAAUUGUAUAUUUAUCUCAAAAUCUGAAUAAAACUGAACGAAAAUGGGGUGUUACAGUACAAGAAUGUUGGGCAAUUGUUUGGGCAGUGAAGAAAUUGCGAAUUUACUUAUAUGGCACAAAGUUUACUGUUAUUACAAACCAUCAUCCUUUAUGCUGGCUCAACAAACACAAAUCUGGAAAUGAAAGACUCUAUCGUUGGUCAUUAGUAUUACAAGAAUAUGAAUUUGACAUUAAACAUAAAGGUGGCUCAUGUCAUCUGGAUGCUGAUUGUUUAUCAAGAUCUUUACCAAAUGAUGCUACAACUGAAGAUACUAGUAGUAAUGAAUAUGAUGAAGAUAAUAUUCCAGUACACAAUGAAUUUCGUCCAUCACGAACAACAACUGAUACUAGUAUUUCACAAAUUAAUGCAGUACAAACACGCGCACAAAAAGCUGCUUUGAAUAAUUCACCAUCAACUUCAACACUAUGUCCUCCAACAACCACAUCAACAAUACUUUCCCCGAUAACAACAUCAGUUGAACCUCAUACUCCAUCUUUGAUACCUGGAUUAUACCAAAAUCCCGCAAGGACAAGAAACUGA